UUAAAAAGUUCUGCUAAAGUCUUUAUUUUUUUUAUAUUUAAAAAAAAUAAUAGCUUAUAUCUUUGUAUAGACUAUAAAAAUUUUAAUAAGAUUUUUAUUAAGAAUUAUUAUUUCUUAUUUCUUAUUUUAAAGAUUCUUAACAGAAUUUUAGGAAGUAUCUACUUUUUAAAGAUUAAUAUUAAGAAUAUAUAUUAUUAA